ACAGUGCCCCAGCGCUAUCCACCGACCCACCAUGCGUACGGUGGUGGCCGUGGGUUUAUCGGGAGCUAUGGUUCGUCCUCCACGCACUCGUCAUCGUUGGAAAAUCAAAGAUCACUCGAGGGACAGCACAGUGCGAGUACCGGCACAACCACGACCAGCUUGUUUGGUGAUCCGGUACUGCCCUCGACACGCCAUGCCGAUCUGCUCGGUGGUGAGGAUCUGUACCAGAAUCUAAAAAACAACAUUGAGCUAUACCAUGCGAAGCUGUACAAUGACCAGGAAAGACAACGGCAGGCGGAACGGGACGCACUGUUCGAACAGUACACGAACGUGGUUGGUAGUGUUGGUGGUGGAUACCGUGCCACGUCAGCAGUGGGUGGGGGUGGUGGUGGGGGACGAAAAAUUAGUGGAGGAGUAGUGAAACCGGCCGUCGGGAACAAUGUGACGACGUACAGUGAAAUGCCGGCCAGAAGUCGAAGUUUCGGCAGAACACAGUCUGCUAACCAUGGUGUGGAUCUUAACAACAGCAGAUCAAACAUUUUUGACAUGGAUCUGUUGAAACAGAACGAUUGGAUCGAUUUCUCCGAGCACGAGUACCAGCACAGCCUCAUACCCACCAACAGCCGCACAGUGGCCGAUGUGCAACAGUUCACCGGUGGCAACAUAACGCGCCGGAUCGAAAAUGGCGUCUUCCAGAAUCCUCGGGCGGCAGCAGCGGCCCGUGCCUCCCGACGCAACUCCAUCACGGACUCGAGUGCUUACGGUAUGCGUGGUGCAAUGGGCGAUAUGGUGAGCGAUAGCACGGCGGGUACGGCCACAUUUACCGUGCUCGGACACGGACCGAUGGGCUAUGAGGAGGGUGCAUCGGCACUGCCCGUCGGAGGAAUGCAUGAUCCUUCGACAUCGAGCGAUGCGAACAGUGAGUUCGAACGUAUGCUACGCUAUGGACGUACAGAUCCAUCGACUGCCAUUAUCAGGGAUAAGAUAAACACGGGAUCUAACUUUAGAGUAUCGGACGCACGUCAGCAUAAAAAUACCGCCUUCACCAUCAUUAACGAAGUCCUGCCCAAGUCCAGUUCGUUCGAUUUGGCCGGUGGAAACCGAUAUUCGCCAUACCGCGAAAAGCAUCGUCUUGCAUCUUCCCGCAUCCUCUCGGCAAGCUCCGCUACACACGGUACCUCAAACGUCGGUUUCUAUGGAUACGGUUACGGUGCUGACUUCGCUGAGGACGGUUCCGUCAGUGCACCGCACGGCCAUCGAAGACGUUUCAGCAGCUCGGAACUUUCGCUCAGCACAAUCGGUGGACGCACCAGGGAAGGUCACCCGGUUGAUGGGUCCGCCCGUACGAAACGUCCAGCGAAAUCGAAAACCUCACUGUCACUAGCAUCGAAUCCGGGCCGACGACAGCGUGGCGUGCUCGAGGUGAUUAGCAAAAAAUCAACCGUGCCAAGUGCCAAAGUGACAAUCACGCAACCGUCGGAGGAUGGACGAUCGAUUACACCGACGCCGAGUGAAUCGGGUCUGUCCGGAACAGGUACGGACGGUGAUCGUAUAUCCAUACCGGAGCAUCAGCUUCGGAACAUGAAGCUGUUUGGGUACAAACCGUUCUCGGGCCGGCCCAUGCUAUCGCCCGUACCGGACAAGGGUUCGAUGGAAAGCUCUCAGGUCGAUCUGAAGGAUGGAGCGGGUAAGGAAGGUGGAAAGAAGGGUGGUUUUCGUGCACCCGUCUUCAACAUCCGUGGUCUGUUGAUGUCACCUCGAUCAAGAGACAAAAGCAAGGAGAUGACUGGUGCCGAUGGUGAAGACAGCAAAGAACCUUCCAUCGAACGGCAGCCGAAGGCAGCGAGCAAAGAACCACCCGCUGGUAAGGAACCCGAGGCACAAGCAUCACCACCGAAAAAACGACGCUUUAACCUUGCCCGAGCUAUUAUUGAAAGUGCUCGGAAAGGUGGCAGUACCGAGCCGGAACCGCAAAAAGGUCCGCCGCCGGCGCCAGCUACGAAACAGGCUUCACAGGCAGAAGAUACAGGCGAGAAGCGAAAAAUGGCACUGAAGAUGAAGUUCGGCAUUGUACGAUCGGGCGUACGGAAGGAUUCGGAAGGGAACGGUGUGAAAGAGAAAAAAGCGGCUGGUAAAAAAGGAAAGGGAGCGAAAGCGACAACAAAAUCAGCAGCAACAAGUGCUAACAAGGACAAACGGAAAGUUCCCCUCAACAAAAAGAGCACACGGUACGAUGAUGAGGAUGAUGAUUAUUUCGAUCCGUACAGACAGCGGGAGCGUGACGAGCGAUCAAGCCGAACGAAAAAAGCCACCGGUGGAGGAGGAAUGCUAAAGAGUGCUCUUAACUAUGCCGCAAGUUUCCGCACGCGCAGUGAUCGUGUCGGAACGGCUGGACCGGGUGGGCGUCGAAAACCGGCCGAUUCCGAUCUACCAAAGGGUGCGAAAGGAACCACCCCGCGAGGUGGAAAGGAUAGUGGAAUGGAAAAACUAACGCCCAAUGCCCGGCGGAGGGAUAAAAGUGCGAAAGCCGGUGAACGAGACACUCGCGGAAAACCGGGUACGGUUGGACGUGUGAAGAGUGGUAAAGCACAACCGAGUGGCGCCGGAGUGAGCAGGGCGAAAUCAGCUGCUGGAUCGCGUGGCAGACAACUGCGCAGAAGUAGCUCAGCCGUUGGACUCGAUCCCGGACAGCUACGACGGGCAAAUAAGCUGUACGAAAAGAAUCAAAAAGCUGCCACCGGUGGAGGAGGUAUGAUGGGGGCGGGGAAGAGUGGACGAGGUGGAAAGAGCAGUAGCUCUUUGAUUCAAUCGAAAGCGAACCGACACUCCGACAACGAUAUGGCUGGUCCGGGUAGUGGACUGGCGAAAAGCGAUAGUCGCGGUGAGAUGCGUGGCAAAGGUUCGUCCAAAGCGAUCGAUGGAGCUGGACCGGACUCGAAGGAUCGCAUCGAGAAGCGUGACUCGGAGCGAUCACUUAAAAAGAGUGAUAGCAAUAAAUCGCUCGCCACAAUGGGUGGAAAGCCGAAGAAAAGUGACUCGAAGAGUUCGCUGAUUAACAAACGAUCGGAUUCACGAUCGAGUCUGCAUCAGACGGCGGCCUCUGGUGGUGAGACUUCUGGCGGUGGUGGUGGAGAUACCUCCGGUACGGAGCUCGCCGGUAAAAGUCCACUUAAUUCCGUCACGGAGGGAGCACCAGAUCCGGGAGUGAAAUCAGCCCGCCCAACACCGAAGCUGCAGAGUAAGGGUUCGUUGUUGAGCUUGAUCAGUUUGAAGGGUAGCAAGCGGAACCUGGAUCGUGGAGCUGGUGGAGCAGAUGCGGGACAGCGUCCCGAUACAGCCACAACUGCAGCAACCGCUAUCGACGGUACGUUGGCUUCCUCAACAAGGUUACAGUCGGCCUCGAUUAGAAAUGCACCCGGGACGGCCACUUCCGGCGGUGAAGGAGCGGCUGAAGAUACGGUCGGUUCACGAGCGGCCGGUAUGAACGAAAAACCCACCAGCACGAAACCACUCCGAAGGAUGAUGAGCCGUGGUUCGUUACUGUCGAUCAAAAGCAUUGCUCACGCACGUUCCUUCACCAACAUACGGCCACCGACGGCGGCAGCGGCUGCAGCUGCCGCGGCAGAUGGUGAAACGCCCAACACGAUGCCACCGCAAACGAUGCAGAAGGUAACGGAAGGUUCCCAGGAGCACGACGAUACGACGGACACGGAGACGAGUCACGGUGGUGGUGGAGGUGGUGCAACCGGAACAGAUGGACAGGGAUCAAUGGGUGUUGCUACACAUGAGCUGACGGUGGCAGGUGACGGGGAAGGGGAGAAGGUGUCGAACGAGUACAAUGGUGAGCACCGGAUGAAGUCACCGAUGGCGGAACACAAGCAGCAACAGGGUAGCCGCAGUCCGGGAAUGGAUAACGUUUCAAGUGCCAACACGGAGUCGAUGCGUGAUCGUACGAUGGGCCAGGAGGGUGCCGGAGGCACAAACAACAGUAUCUUCCCAAAAUGGUCACAAAAUCAUCAAAGUCAAAGUCACGCAAUGGGUUGCGGGUUACCGGCUAGUGUUCGUACCGUUGUAGCGGAAGGACCACAACCAAAGUCACGGGAAAUUCCACCACACCUGUACCUGAUGGCCGAUGGCCAUUCAACAACAACUGGUAGGGAACCCGGUAAAAGUUCUGUACGGGGUUGUAGAGAAAAAAGAAAAGCAGUACGCAACAAGAAGGACCUACUAUAUAACGCCCCAAAACUGUGCGACAUGAUGAUGAGGGCACAGUACGACGACGGGAACCGACCGACGGUGGUCAGCAGAGAGUCCUCCGUGUACAACAUUUCGCUGCACGAUAGCCAGAGUGAAUUAAUUCGUACGUGGCACAGCGACGAGUUUGGCGAAGACGAACAGGUCAAGUGUUCGAAAUGUUGCUGUGCCUGCUGUGCACCGUGCUGGACGCGAACUUGUCUGCCGUUUAGGCGAUGCUUCCGGAGCUGCAGUGGAUGCUGCGGUGGUGGUCGGCUCGGCAAGCGUAAGGCGGACGGUCAGCUGGUAAACGAGAAGGAACCGACCACGGCGAAGGAACCGACAAAGAGCUGCUGGGAACGGUUGCUCGGUUGCUGUAGACGGUGCCGCAACACGAAGACGGCACCGGAAUCGACGGCAAUCGUACAGCGUGCGCCGGCAGAAUCGAAACCCAAAGCAUCCUGCUGGCAGUCGCUCAACUGUUGCGCCAGCUGUCGCCGGAACAAAUCCCGUGAACUAGUGCCUCGUUCCUCGAUCGAUAGUGAUCCACCGGCGGAAGACCAAUCCCGAUGUCGUUCGUGCUGGAGUAAGCUGCUGUGUUGUUGCCGACCGAAACCGGCCGACGCUAAAAGUAAGCAGAUCAAACGCCACAAGAUGGAGGAACCGGUCGAGAUGGAGACGGUCAAGUGUUGCUUCUGCUUCAAGCGCCAGCGUCCGAAGGUGAAGGCGAAACCGAAAAAGAAGGUCCCAGUGAGGUCAACCUUCAACUGUCUGAGCUGCUGUAUGAUGUGCUGCAAAAAGAAGGGUGACAACCAGAGCCGGCGGACGAGCAAUCUGAGCAAGAAGCAGAGUAUCGCACCAACGAUUCCACCGGAGGACUUGCGGCCAAAAAUUGAUAUGUCACUGGUUGAGCACUCCUCUUUGAUGCGUGGUGCUAUUCCGGUUCUUCCAAUUUGUUUGGCCUACUUCUGCAUGUUCCUGAACAUUGUCGUACCCGGCUCGGGCACAGUGCUUUCCGGUGGGUUGUGUUUGUGCAUCGGCAAGCCUCGCUUUUCCCAGCAUGAUUCAAUAAAGGGCCGCAUCGGUUCGUUUAUCAUCAACUGUAUCGUUGGCGUUUCGCAAUGCUUCACCAUCAUCUUUUGCGUCGUCGGAUGGGGAUGGGCCAUCUGGUGGGGAACGAUCAUGAUACGGUUGGCAAGACAGCAUCGAAAGAUUCUUGAAAUGGAAGCCGCCCAAGACGAAGGUGAAGAGCAGACGACACUGUCCCAGCGGACCGGUGCAUCCAAUCCACCCGUUGCGCUAGUUUCCAAAACGCACCGUGACGUUGAAACGGGUCGGUAGGUCUAAACUUAAAACGAUCACUUUAGCUAAGCAUCGAUAGGAGAAGGGGUUAGGUUUUUCACGAACAGAGUUACUGCCGUUUUUGUACAUUUGCCACUGGGCCGUUGCGGUGCUAACCGAACAACAAUUGACUGCGUGUAGAGGAAGAAAGUUGUUAAAGUGAUGUGAAACAAGCGAACUAGGAAAAAAAAGACGAAAGAUUAAACUAAAUAACACACAUACACACCUCUAUUCUUUGUUAUCCUCUGUUUAGUACGUUAAUUGGGAAGAAUAAAGUAAAGUCUUUUAACUUUUACACAAA